AUGAGUGCAAGAAAACUACAACAAGAAUUUGACAAGCUAAACAAAAAGAUUUCUGAAGGGCUUCAAGCAUUUGAUGAGAUCAAAGAUAAGAUUAAUGCCACAGAAUCAGCUUCACAACGAGAAAAGUUGGAGAACGAUUUGAAGAAAGAGUUGAAGAAAUUGCAAAGACUGAGAGACCAGUUGAAACAAUGGUUAGGAGAUAGUAGCAUUAAACUAGACAAGAAUGUAUUGCAGGAGAAUCGUACUAAGAUUGAACAUGCUAUGGAUCAAUUUAAAGAAUUGGAAAAACUGCUGAAAAUAAAACAGUUUUCUAAUGAAGGGUUGGAGUUACAAAGCCAACAAAAGCGAUCACGAUUUGGUGAUGAUGCGAAAUAUCAAGAAGCUUGCACCUAUAUAAAUGAGGUUAUUGAACAAUUGAAUGGUCAAAACGAGGAAUUAGAACAAGAGUUAGAUUCGUUGAGUGGUCAACUGAAAAGAAAAGGAGGUAGUUCAAUACAGCUGUCUAUUGACGAUGUGAAAUACAAGAUAGAACGAAACAAUUCUCAUAUAUCCAAGUUGGAAGAAGUUUUGGAGAAUUUGGAUAACGACAAAUUGGACCCAGCCAGAAUCGAUGAUAUUAAAGAUGAUUUGGAUUAUUAUGUUGAGAAUAAUCAAGAUGAGGAUUAUGUCGAAUAUGAUGAAUUUUACGAUCAGUUAGAAGUGGAUGAAGAAGAUGAUGUUGAAGUUCAAGGGUCAUUGGCACAGAUGGCUGCUGAAACCGAAGAUGAAAGGAGGAGAGACGAGGAAAGAAAAAGGGAAGAAAAAGAGAAAGAGAAGCAACAGCAGAAUCCACCAAGGACGUCUUCUUCCGUGUCCAGCUCCAGUAGUAGUAAUCAAAAUAAUAUUGGCAAUAAUACUCCUCCUGCAACUCAAAUAAAGCCAUCAGUAGUGACAGUGGCAGCAAUUGGGGACCAAAACAAUAACAGUGCGUCAUCGGCAUCUUCAACAUCAACGCCUGUGAAGAAGUUGAAACCUACACUUGCUCCAGCACCUGCACCACCACCAAUAACAAGUGCAACUUCGUAUUCAAAUGCUAUAAAGGCAGCACAGACAGCUAGCACAUCAUCCACUUCCAAUUCUUCUAUUGCUCAUACUGCUAAUGAUAACAACAACACAAACAAAGGCAACCGUUCAGUAUCACCUCUUGCUUCUACCGAUAAUCAUACUCAUGCACCAGCAGCAGUGUCCACCCCAGUUAAAGUUUUACCGCCUGGGUUAAAUCACGAUACAUCCAUGAAUUCUACCUUGAGGUCAGAGUCAUCAUCACCAUUAGUUGGUCAUGCCAAGGUUAAUAAUAACCAUGAGUUACAGAUUAGCAGAUCACAACUGCCAAUGGUUUCUAAUGAGAAUAAGGUAUUUAGUGAUACCAUUUCUCGAAUUGUUAAUGUUGCUCACAGCAGACUAAAUGACCCAUUGCCCUUACAGUCAAUAACUGGGCUAUUAGAGACCUCCUUGUUAAACUGUCCCGAUUCGUAUGAUGCUGAAAAGCCAAGACAGUAUAACCCAGUUAACGUCCACCCGUCACUGAUUGAUUAUCCACAAGAACCAAUGUAUGAGUUGAAUAGUAGUCAUUACAUGAAAAAGUUUGAUAAUGAUACUUUGUUCUUUUGCUUUUAUUAUGGCGAUGGCAUAGAUAGCAUUUCGAAAUACAAUGCAGCCAAAGAAUUGUCGAGACGUGGGUGGGUGUUUAACACUGAAUUUAGUCAAUGGUUUUCCAAAGACAGUAAGAAUGGAGGCAAGAACCGGUCAAUGUCUGUGAUACAAAGAGAAGAAGAAAAUGGUAAUAUUAUCGGAGACAACAGCAAUGGUAAUGAGGAAUUACGCGAGAAGAUUGAUGAUAAUGGCGGCAUUCCAAGUAAUUACAAGUACUUUGACUAUGAAAAGACAUGGUUAACACGUCGAAGAGAAAACUAUCAAUUUGCUACUGAAAACAGACAGAUUUUCCAAUGA